AUUUUAAUAACUAUGAGAUUAUUUCAAAACAAAAAUUAAGCAGCAACAAGUAUUUCAAUUCUUCUGAUGUGAAUCAUAUUAUCUCAGUUCUUCUCCUCUUCUCACUGACGACUCACUCGCCUCACCCUAACGUCUGUAUUAUCUCGUCUCUCUCACCUCUUGUUGUUAGAUAAGCUAAGGCCAAAACUCUGUCUUCCAACUUCGUCUUCUUCUUUCCGCAACGAAACGUUACGAUGAACAUGCUGGAUUGUUCUCGAAUCUAAAAGGAACCAAGCCAUGGCCUCCAAGCUGCUUUUGCAGAGAAGGCUCUUCAGGUUCUUGCGACAGUCACAACAAUCCUCAUACUCCUUUUCUUCUUCAUCUUCCAUUCAACGAUCCUCGUUCCAUUCUGCGAAACAAACAGAAAUAUCGGGUUUCUCAACUUUCUCUAGAAGCUUCUGCUCUCGAAAGUCCAGUCUUGUUGAUGAAUCUAAUGCCCCCGCACCUAUUGAUUACACGAGGGUGAAUUCCAUAGACUGGCCGAGUCCACAAUACAUAGCCUUCAAGAGAAAUUUGAGGUAUCUAUUCUCUAGCACUCCUGGAAACAGCCUCUUGUGUAAAACAGGGGACUAUGGAGACUUUAUCGACCUUGAUGGAUUUGACAUAGACUAUGCGAAUGAUGUUUUGACUGUCAAACUUGGGGAGUUGGGCACCUAUGUAUUGAACAAACAAACACCAAACAGACAACUUUGGCUUUCUUCACCAGUGAGUGGUCCGUCUAGGUUUGAUUGGGAUCAGGUUACUAAAGCUUGGAUAUAUAGGCGGAACAAAGCAAAUUUAUACAAAAUCUUAGAAGAUGAGUUGGAGCAGUUGUGUGGCAAACCUAUUGUUCUUUCCUAAGCUGUUGAGAAUGUGGUACUUAAUCUUGAUUUAAAAUUUAAAAAUGGGAAAUCAUUGGACAUUGUUGAUGAUCCUUUGGCAUUCAGGUGUACUCAGUAAGCAGAUUUUGUUCCUUUGCCACCUUUUACUCUGUAAACUAUACCAGUUCUUUCACAAUCAUGACGUGAUUGUAUCUUCUGAAUAAUCAGCUCUAUAUAGAACUCAUGUGGUUGACAUUAGUUUACUCUUCUGAAGAAUUACAAUUGUAAUGGGCAUUAUUGUUGGUUACUACUGGUGAGCUAGAGCAACUCAAAUGGUGAUCUUUAUCAAAGGUUGUUUUGCGGGUCCUCUAACCACAUCAUCUUGAAGCAACUAUUUUUUUUCAUUUGUUCCAAUGAUAAAACACUAAAGAACUGAUAUUAGAACAACAACUUUAUCACCCAA